AUGAACGAAGUUAACCAUGUCACAUUGAUGGAUCCAUCACCAGAAAAAAUUGAUUUAUGUAGAAAAGCAGUAUCUGGAAUUUCAAAUAAAAACUAUCUAAUAUACCAAUCAGAUAUCAUUGGACUGAAAUUUGAGCCUUUUGAUAUAAUUGUUUCCUCGAUGGCUUUCCAUCAUAUAAAAGAUAUCGAUUCAACAAUUAAAUCUUUAGCCUCAAAUUUAAAGGAAGGUGGAAUGUGCUUUGUCUGCGAUUUAUAUCCAGAAGAUGGAAGUUUUCACAAACCAGAUGUAUUUGUUGCUCACCAUGGUUUUAAAGUUGAAGAAUUCUCUCAGGCUUUUGUGAGAAACGGAUUCUCAAAGGUUUCUUACCUGGAUUUCGGGCACUAUUAUGAAAAUGAUAAGGAAUAUCCUUUAUUUGUUGUUAUUUCUGAAAAAUAA